UUUUCCUCUUUUUGCGUCGGAUGAAAAGGAGGAACGAAUACAUAACAUGGAGCAAUCCGCCUUGUUGCGUGCACAACAUCAUCGUGGGGAAGCUGUGGUACGAGCAAUACGGACAAAUGGAGAUUGAGAACCACACUACAAAGUACAGAUGCUCUCUGACCUUCAGGUCUGCUGGUUGGUUUUCAAAGAACCUUCAUGCCGUUGAAGGAUUCGUUCUUGACGAAAGAAAGCAGAGAAUGAAGUUCCUCUAUGGUCGAUGGGUGGAUAUUUUCAAGUCCAUCGGGGUUCAAGAUUACGAGGAUUAUGCCAAGAACAACGACAAUAAAAUCAGAAAGCAGAGAAUGAAGUUCCUCUAUGGUCGAUGGGUGGAUAUUUUCAAGUCCAUCGGGGUUCAAGAUUACGAGGAUUAUGCCAAGAACAACGACAAUAAAAUCAGGGAAGAGCCGCCGAGUAGUCCGAUGCACGGCGGCGAGAGAAGCAAGGAAGACGAGUCCGUGUCGCCCGGGAAGCGAUCCGGAAGGAAGAUGUUGAGCAAACUCAACAGCCUCACGUCAUCUGUGAGUAGUGCUAUGCACAGCCUCGGGCCGCCGAGCUUCUCUAUUGACACCGGCUCUCAGCAACACCCGCUGGAUAAGGUGAAGGAGAAUUAGGGAAUGUGCCGUAAUAAAUGAUGAUGAUGC